UGUCCCAACCAAUCGGAGCAGUCGGAGUGCUGAUCCACACACCUGAGCACAGGCCACGCCACAUCCAAAAGCCAGCACACUCUCUGCUUGCUUAUUGCUACCGUCCACCCUCCACGGGAGCAUCGGAUAAGGUACGCCAAGCCAAUGAGCGGCAGCGACGCCGCGGCCUCGUUCCAGGCGGACGCCGCCGCCAUUUGCGCCCAGAUCGCCGCCGUCUUCUCCGCGCCCUCCGCGCACCCCGCAGCGCGCUCCGUUCUCGUCUCUGAGCUCGCGGCCGCGGCCACGCGGGGAGCGCGCGUGUUCGUGCACGGCGUCGGGCGGGAGGGCCUCAUGAUGCGCGCCCUCUGCAUGCGCCUCGCGCACCUCGGCGUCCCCGCGCACUGCGUCGGCGACGUCACGGCGCCGCCCGCGGUGGGAGGGGACCUGCUCGUGGCCUCCGCGGGGCCGGGCGCGUUCUCCACCGUCGACGCCAUCUGCGGCGUGGCGCGCGGCGCCGGAGCGCGCGUCCUGCUGCUCACAGCCCGCCCGGACGGCGGGGACUUCCCGCGGCGCCAGGCCGACGUCGUGGCGCACCUACCCGCGCAGACCAUGGCCGACGACGAGAAGGAGGAGGCAGCGACGCCGGACAGGUCGUCCACGCGGGCGAAGCUGCCGAUGGGGAGCCUGUACGAGGGAGCCAUGUUUGUGCUGUUCGAGAUGGUGGUGCUGGAGCUCGCGCGCGUCUUGGGCCAGAGCCCAGCCCAGAUGAGGACCCGCCACACAAACUUGGAGUGACGACGGGGUUCUUCGUGGGGGCAGUGGUUGGGUAACAAUUUAGCGCGAGUGCGGAAUGACGGUGUACAACAUGCUCCGUGGUUAUAUCAUCUGCGGAUACUUAAAGAAUUAUUUUAUAAUAUUAUUAUAGUAUUUUUUA